CCGGCAUGUUCGGGCGCAGGUCUGUGUUUGUGUCUCGUGUUUUCUGCCGCACCACCGCCCCGACCGGGCGAUUGCAACCGGAGGGAGGUCCCGCGAUUAACUAGAUUUUGCAGCGCGUAGCAUGCAGGUGCGCCGGUCUUUAGGGCGGCAGGCGGAGAGGGAGUGCGCGCACAACGUGGGUCGGGAGCGGCCGGGCGUGCGCCUGCGAGAUCGACUUUGCGAAAAACUUCGAGGAGGAGAAGUCGUCACCUGCUCCGCCCGCCCAAGAAGGACGCAGCCGAGGCCCUGCCCAGGUGAUAUCGCCUGCAGGGGCGCGAGUAGCCCUUGCGCCCGGGCCCGCGCAAAGGGGCGCGCGCGCCCCCUCCCGGCGCGGCCUAUCUGGCCCCAGCUCUCGGCCGGGCGGCGAUGUGGCCCCGCCCCCGGCCGCCCGGCAAACGCGCCGGCCUCUCUUUGUGCCAGCCGCGGGUCCAGCCGGUGGGCGGCCAUGUGCCACGCGGAGGCCGCGCCGCUUCGAAAUGGUUUCUUCCUCCGGAUUGUUGGGCCGUUGCCUUGCAGGUUUGUGCGAGCGCCGGUGCCCGUUCUUUUGCGUGAGUGCGUCCGGGCGGCGGGCUCUCUGGCUCAGGUGUGACUCGUACGGCACAUGGGUGCCCAGCCCUUUUUCGUUGGGCGCCGUGCCCAUCCUGUCGAUGGCCGCACAGUUGCUUGCCGGCCGGGCUAACUACACAGCAGGGCCCUUGUCUCCUUGUAGAACCGUCCGUCAGCGUCGCCACCUUCAGGGCGAUACAUCAUAGAUCUAGAUGGCUUAACAUGUUUCGCUUGCG